AACUGAAAGGUCAAGUUAAUACACAGAUGUCUUCUGUGGCUCAUAACUGGACGGCAAAUCGUGCCAUUGACGGACGUGUUGGUCCAGAUCCUGGUACAUGUCACUGCUGCAGUGGAACGGAAAAUUCUCAGCUUUCAUGGUGGAGGCUUGAUUUAAGCCAAAAAAUUUCGAUCAAGUCGAUUAUCAUUUACAGCAGGGACGAAGAAAGUUAUUACCAAGACUUGAAAGGCUUUCAGUUAUAUCUUACAAACAACACUGCGCAAGACUCAUCCGCCAUAAAUACCAAUACCAAUACAAACAUUACUGGCAACACCUAUGAAAUUAAUGUACCAAACACUUUGGCAAGAUAUGUAACUAUAAAGAGACUAGGGGUGCUAACAAUAUGUGAGGUUAUGAUCUUUGAAGGAGAGUGCGGGCUUGGAACAUAUGGUGAAGAAUGUAUCAAGGAGUGUCACUGUGCAGACAACAAACCGUGCAAUAAAGAAAGCGGACAGUGCCAAACAUUAAUUUGUAAAACAGGCUGGAAUGGAACAGCUUGCAACCAAGGAUGCCCACAAGAUAGAUUUGGUGACGGAUGCAAAGAACGCUGUUUUUGUGCAGAAGAUACCUGUACAACUAGCUACGGUGCAUGUCCUGGCAACUGCAGGCAAGGGUAUCACGGUCCUCAUUGCAACAUAGUAUUAGAGGGGAAUGGUGUUACUAAACAAAGUGAGAAUAAUUCAAACAAAGUUGCAACCAUAGGAGGAUCGGUUGGAGGAUCUGUCGCAUUUCUUAUAAUUGUGAUUGCUGUUGUAUACCUAUUCAUAAGAUAUCGAACAAAAUUAAGAUAUAAAGAUGAACACAAAAAUGACUACACAACUCCGUCAGCUUUUACUCAACAGUCAGAGAACUCAGAUUACGACACGCUAGAAACUGUACAAGUAAAUAUAGCGCUUAACAAACCCACAUAUCAAGAUGGUACACUGACCUACCCUGAAGAUAACCGCAACGCAAUUUGGUCAUCAGAACAUGCUGUUGAGGGGAAGAAAAAUUGUGUAAGACAAGCAACAUACAUUGACUACAGCGCAACAGCUCUUAAGGCAGAGCCUUGGUGGCAGGUUGAUCUAGGCGGUCUUUACAAUAUAAAGAAAGUCAUGGUAUACGGACAACCUGAAAAAAACCCAAGUCAGCUGAAGGGAUUCCGAUUAUAUCUUUCGGAGGUAAACCAAACUAGCAAGGAGACAUUAGUGUAUGAAAAUAACAGCACUUAUCCUGAUCAUGGAAUUUUUACAAUAAAUCCAGAAAAUAGGUUAUCAGUGUCAUCUCGUUACGUCACAAUUUAUUUACCAAAUACGACAAACAGUAACCGAACCUACCCAGGCCCACUUGUGCUAUGCGAAGUGGAAGUUUUUAUUUCGGCUUUAAACAUUGCUCCCACAGUCUCACUCAGUAGAUCUUCCGUACUGUCAUAUGAUAGCCAUAAUUACAGUGAAGUAAACGUUAUAGACGAGAAUCAUUUAUCGGACCCAGAUAAAUGUGAUUGUUGUUGGUCUUCAGCUAUUGAAUAUAAUCCAUGGCUUGAAGCAGUAAUACCCUUCAGGGCACCAGUGUUGACUAUCAAUGUUAUUGGACGAACAGAUAAAGCAUUGAAAGCAAAUAUUACAAGAAAUCUGACUGGGUUGAAAAUAGAAGUUGAUAGCACCAUGGUGCCGGACAACCGGAUACUGUAUAACACCAGAAACAAUUCAGUAACUAUAUAUCCACAGACCGCAACAGUGCAAAAAAUAAACUUUACGAGACCUGGUAGUAUUGCAGACUGGUUCCUUAUCAUUUGCGAGAUUGAAAUCAAUGUAAUAGCUUGUGCAUCCGGACAGUACGGUCCACUGUGUGAAAAUUGUGGUAAAUGUAAACUUGGUACAGUCUGUAGCUCCACAACUGGUAUCUGUCCUGAUGGUUGUCAGCCGGGUUUCACUGGAGACAAAUGCGACUUGAUGGUGUGUCAAUGCGGGAAGAUUUGCAAGAAUCAUCGAAGACUGAAGAUCCAUCAGACGAAGAGCGGCUGUCGGUCACGUGAAAAACAUCAGCAACGCAUAGGUUUACCUGGUGAGACGGGGGAGAUAUCUAGUCUGGUGCCAAACCACAGUAUUAGAAGUCUCUCAGCUCCUGUAUUUUCAAUGGCCAGAAGCGGGUCUACGGCGGAGGUAGCACAGUCGGUAGACUACCUCUUGAGUUUGCAGGGCAGUAUACAGGAUAUUGUCCCUGAGGAGCAAGAUAAUGAUGUACCAGACACAGAAGAGGACUCGCCAAUAUUCGGGCUGACAAGUAGCAGAGACGACUCUCCCAUAUUUGGGUCUAGUAACACCCAAACCAGUGACAGAGUUACAGCUGCAGAAGCAAGCGCCGAAGGCCCAUUUACCUUCCCAGAAUCAUGGCGUACAUAA